CUGUGGCCAGUAUGAGAAAAACAAUGUGUUUUAUAAACAUCGGUUGGUUUAAUUGUUUGUUUUACUCUUCGUGAAGAGUUAAUCAACAUUCACUCCAGUAUGCAGAGAACAAAUACACAGUCAUUGUAGAGAAACCUCAUGAUUUAUAUUCAAACUUGCACUCGCAUGCGGUAAACACACGAGUACGCCCGGACAUCACGCAGUACAAAGGCAAGAGAGGACAUGUUUCACCCCGACAGAAAAGUCCUAAUUGUAAUAAUACUGCGUCUACCCUGCUCAACAGAUUGCUGCACAUUGUGUGGGCGGACUAUAACGGGAAGACAUCCUCCUCCUUUCAGACUCGUUUUCAGCCAUGUUUGACGAAAGGCUCUUCUGUUGUCCGCGCUUGCCAGCGGUGUGGACAGUCAUGCUGCUGUGGAUCUGUUUCUGCAUCUGGCUUCCAGCUCAGGCCCAUGAAGCUCUGGUUGUUUCCCGCGCAGGUGCUGUGACGCAGGAGGCCAAAAAAGCUAUGGGCAGCAGAUCAAUAAAGAAAAGAAGCACCAACUCUGCAAAUAUGGUGGAGGUGCACAGUGUGAAAGUGGAUUGCACUGUGAUGUCUCGUUUUGCUCACACCGUCAUGACCUCCAAGGCUCUGAACAAAGCAAACUCUUCUCAGGAAAUCUUCUUUGAAGUGCAGCUGCCCAAGACCGCCUUCAUCAGCAACUUCAGCAUGGAAAUUGAAGGUCAGGUGUAUGUUGGUGAGGUGAAGGAGAAAGAGAAAGCAAAGAAACAGUAUGAGAAGGCUGUUUCCUCUGGACACACUGCUGGACUGGUCAAGGCUUCUGGAAGAAAGUUGGAGGAGUUUUCAGUGUCUGUGAAUAUUGCAGCCAAAAGCAGCGUGACUUUUAUUCUGACUUACGAGGAGCUCCUUCAGAGGAAACUGGGCCAAUAUGAGAUUCUAACGCGAGUUAAACCCAAACAACCGGUGCAAGAGUUUCAGAUUGUGGUAGACAUCUAUGAACCCCAAGGCAUUGCUUUCGUUGAGGCCUCUGCAACGUUCCUCACCAAUGAGCUGCUCUCACUUGUGGAGGAAACUGUCACAGAUUCAAAGGCUCACAUCUCUUUCUCACCAACACUGGAGCAGCAGAGGAAAUGUCCAGGAUGUGAAGACACCGUGAUUAAUGGGGAUUUCAUUAUCAAAUAUGACGUGAAGCGAGAAGAGAGUCUUGGGGAAAUUCAGAUGGUGAAUGGAUACUUUGUUCACUUUUUUGCUCCACCUAACCUGCCCAGAGUCCCAAAGAAUGUGGUGUUUGUGAUUGACAGGAGUGGAUCAAUGAGUGGAAGAAAGAUUGAACAGACCCGGGAAGCAUUAGAAGCCAUUCUGAAAGACCUCUACAAGGAGGACCACUUUGCUCUCAUCCUGUUUGAUAGUUCCAUUGUCACCUGGAUGGACUCUCUUACCAAAGCAACAGAGCAAAAUGUGUUUAAAGCCAUUGCCUACGUGAGGAAACUAAGCGACAGAGGAGCCACCAAUAUUAAUGAUGCUGUACUGAGAGCAGUGGGCAUGCUGAUGAAAGAAAGAAGACAUCACAACAUUCCAGAGAGGAGUGCAGACAUGAUUAUUUUACUGACUGAUGGGAUGCCAAACACUGGAGAGUCUCACCUACCAACAAUACAGAAGAAUGUGAAUGCUGCUAUUGAGGGGAAGAUAUCUCUGUUCUGUCUUGGAUUUGGAAAUGAUGUGGAUUAUUCAUUCCUGGAUGUGAUGAGCAGACAAAACAAAGGACUGGCCCGCAGAAUUUUUGAGGGUUCAGAUGCAAAACAUCAACUUCAGGGUUUCUAUGAGGAGGUGUCCAGCCCUCUGCUCUUGGAAGUGGAUUUGCGUUAUCCUGAAAACGGAGCAGUUUUCUUGACCAAAAACCACUACAGCCAGUUGUUUAAUGGUUCAGAGAUUGUGGUGGCUGGUCGACUGACCAACAACAAUCCUGAUAACUUCUUGGUGGAAGUGGUCGGCAAGGGGUCUGAAAAGGACUUCUUGGUGCAGGGAAAGGCCAAUAAGUUAAACUUGGAUGUAAUCUACCCAGAACAGGAAUACAUCUUUGGGGAUUUCUCAGAGCGUCUGUGGGCCUACCUCACCAUCCAACAGCUACUAGAGAACAGUGACAUUGGUACUCAGCAGGAGAAAGAUGCUAAGACAGCCAAGGCUCUGGAGUUGUCACUGCGAUACAGCUUUGUCACCCCUCUCACGUCCAUGGUGGUCACCAAGCCUGAAACUGAGGAUGGACCAGGCAGCCCUCUUAUUGCAGAUAAACUGACUGAGGACCAGCGACAGAAAGCAGAGAGAAGCAACGCUCAAAACUCAAUAAGUUACUAUCAUGAUGGUAGGUUUUUGAUACUCCAUUCUGCCAGUGACUUCUCCAAUAUUCACGACUCGUUAAGUGACUAUUACGAUGACGAGUACAGAUCCAGUGCCAAUUCCCUCUCAAAUGGAUUGCCAGCGACAUGGAGAGUCUUGCUGCUGUGGAUCUGUUUAUGCAUCUGUCUUCCAGCUCAGGUUCAGGUGCUCUAGUUGUUUCCCACAGAGAUGCCCUGACACAGGUAUUAAAAAAAAAAAACUACAUGUGCAGCAUUUGCUUGUAAACAAAAGUUGUAAGAGUUUAUCUUUCCCAUGAAAAAUCUCCAAGCAUGCCAGGAAGUGAUGAGCUUUGCAUGUCUGCAUGACAGCUGCAACUAUUGUUCUGUGAGAGUGCAUAAAUACCAAAGCUGUGCAGAAAAACAGAAAAGAAACAUAGAAGUUAAAUACCAAAGCAGUAGUGGCUCGGUCAUCUCUCCAAAGCAUUGACAGCUGACAGGAAAAUCCUUUGAAAGUGUACCAACCAGCUAAAUAGUGAUGUGGCUUCUAUUUCUUCACUGACCCUGCAAGGUCAGUGGUACUCCUUUGUAUUUGAAAUAACUUGUUUAAAAGGAUACUUAACAGGCUAAAGUAUUCAAUGUACAUGAAGUUAUAAGCACAGCUGUUCUAAGUGUUUCUUUUGCAAAUCCAAGUUAAAUCUGAAGUCUGAAGUCCAAAGUCUGUAAUGCUUGCCUCCAAAGUCAGGUCCAAAAGUGUCACAGUGGAGUGGGGAGGUUACACGAAAAAAAAAAAAAACAGAAAACGGCAAAAGCAAAGAGCAGGGUCAAAAACAGAAAAGAUAUGAAUACUGGAACAAUGAAACCCAGGGGACUCGGACACACUGAGAAACCAGGUAGAAGACACAGACACAAAAACACAAGAACGGACAGACAAGAAAACAAAGGAACUAAAUAGAAAGGACUAAUCAGGGGCAGGUAAAACAAAUGAGGGGCAGAUGCAAACUCAAAAAAGGUGGGAAACAAGACAGGAAGUCUUGGACAGGGUGGAACUACAAAAUAAAACAGGAAACACAGAAACAAACUCAAAACUGUUACAAAAAGUCCAAGUCAAUUCUUUCAGGGUUCACACUUCUCUUCACCUCUCUUUUUUUCUCUUUUUUAGAGUGAGAAGAUAUGAACAUAACAUACCUUGAGUUUUAAAAAUUGGCCUCCAUGAAGAACUGUGCUUUCCUUGCAUUUGCCUGUUUUCUGACUUUAUUGCUGAAGUAUAUUAUAAUGCAUUGUCUUUCUUAGUAGUAGUAGAACAUCACAUGCUCUUAUUAGCUUGGUUAAAAUAAAGUAUGAAUAACUGUGUCUUAGAAUAGAAAAUAAUUUCUAUUUUAUGAUUGCUUUUCUGUACAUUUUGUUUGACAAGAUACUGUUUCAUAUUUGGUAAAUUGUAAAUAAAUGUUUCAUUUUUGCAUAUCU